AUGCGGAACUCCAUAGACACCGCGAGAAGUGGUUUGGGCGCUUUUGUGACACGCAGAAAAGAUCCAGAUGGCAUUGAGAUCGCCGGCACACGGAGGUUUCGUGGGCGUCUUAACGCAGUCGCAGCCGCAAGGGGACUUUGGAGUCGUGUCUUCAAGAGCGAGAAACGAAGGAACGAAGCAGGUCCGUCUGUAUCGAGGGUCGUUCCGAGCGUCAACUCUGCUUUGAGUGUGAGAGCGCAGAUGAUGGAUCUUGUAGCAGUACCUACACGUGAGAUUAACGGCUUGGCUGAAGAUUGGGAUGUCGGCUUGUUCCCUGGUUCCUUUCCUUCUGACGAGACUCUUCAAGGUUUAUUCGUCAGCUCUUCCGACCAAGCUUCUACCGACGACGCUGCAAUGGUACCUCUUCCUCUACAAUUUGCUGAAGAGAUCUUGCAGCUCGGAAGGAAGUCAUCUCCUCUCAUCGUUACCGAUUCCAGCCCCUACCCAGAGUCCGACCUUUCUUGCGAAAUCGCCUCCCCUCUCGGUAACACAGCCGUCAGCACCAUCCACCACUCGCUGUCACUCUUUCCUCGCACCUCUUCCACACGCGUACACUCACCCGACUGGAUACCCGCUCCUGAUCAUUCUCGCCAAUCGCCAGACACUCUCGCCACCAGAUCCCGACCAGAUUCCGAGGUGACCUCUAAACCUCACAGCGACAUCGACUUACUUGUCAACAGUAUCGAGCGAUUUAGAUUCACUACCCUCGUAAAAUCCACUAUCAUCGACAACGUGCAGGACACACGGGAUACCGUCUACAUGACUAGUGCAAAUCUGCUCAACAUCGGAUGGGACAUGAAAAGGCUACUCGUUAUUUGGUCCAGGAUCACCUCGAACGCACCGGACGUCGGCGUGCUGCGUGUUCUCCAACCAUGGGUGUGUGUGCCUAGCGAAGCUGUCGCAAAAGCCUGUGGGUUGAUGCAAAAGGGUCUGCAAACCUAUCGAGAUUGGAAAGUCAUCUCAGACCACGCUUUGAUGACUGCGCAACAGCAUCAUACGAUUAGUGACGGUUGGUGGGCGAUACAUCAUAAAAGGUUCCAGGAGCUCGAUGGUGUUAACCAACUGGACUUUGACGAUGCUUUCGCGCAGGUAGAGCUCGUCAUGGAGAAGUAUCUGGGAUUUGAGAAGGAAGCUGCGGUGAUGCGCAAACCCGCUCCUGCCAGACGCGAACGUAUGACCAAUGCCACGUUUGCGUCUAACGCGGUUUCCAUUGUCGACACAGCAUCGCCUUCAACAGAUGAUAGCACAUCAGCUUCGUCGAGGGAAAGUCAACGGCCAAGUUCAGGUCCGUCGACAAGGGACUGGGUUACCACUGCAGUCCGAGCAGCCUAUACUAGUGAUGAAUCAAGGUUACCGCUACCGGGAUCGCGGUGCCCAAAAACCAGGCAAGCUGCCGCGCCUUCCUCAUUGUCAUCAGCUCCAUCGUCACCCAAGUCUCGAGGGGAAGAGAGAGAGGGACCGCGAUACCCAACGCUCCGCCGACUAUCGUCACCUGUAACGUCGGCAGCAGGCCCAUCUUCACUGAAGUCUUCGAUCAAAAAUGGUCCGCGGUAUCCGAAGAUCCAGCAAGUGUCGAAACCUAUCGCAGGUUCACCAGGUCCAUUCGCACCAAAAUUAUCGAUGAAAGAUGGGAAACAAAUAAAGAAGGAAGGAGCGAUUUUGCCCGACAAUGACCGGUCGACCAAGGCCAGUCCAAAAACAAGUCAGCCUACGAAGACUUUGCCAAGCUACAUGCGCCCUACGAAAGCGACUCGAGGAGCAUACACCCCGCCUGUCAAAUUUGUCACCAAUGCAACGCCGGCUCCUCGAUCAAGCCGUCUAGAGUUUGCCAUUCGCGGCGAGCAGGCAAAGCGAUCACCGACUAACACGAGUACACGGCUUGUAGAAAUUAAAGCUUCUUCAACACUGCCUGAACGCGCACCAUCUAUACUUUCCCAGUCGACAAAGAGAAUGAAGCCAAAAGAUCUUCCCAAGCAAGACAUGAUCGAUCACUCAGACUCGGUCCAUGAACCAUAUGUUCUCAGAGGUACUGCCCCGCGUGGCCCCUCUCCGCUGUGGACUAGCAGCCCACUGAUUUGCUCCUCGACAGACGCGCCACUGGAGGUCGGCCGUUCGGACCCCUCGAGGUUUCAUCCAACUGAUGACAAGGGGGACACGCAUGGUGUCGGUAAGAUGGAGCUUGAGAAAGAAACCUUACCACGCGUCGAGCCGGAAGGCGACGCCAACGUUGAAGUUGCGCUUGUCAGUGGAUUGGAUCCAAAUGAGACGGCGAACAAAUUUGACAGCAUACGAGCGAGGAUGUUCGAGAUGGAGGUGAAACUCCAGGCCAUGAAUGCAGAGACAACGGUUGCUGCUUCGAAAGCAGAAGCAGAAGCAGAUUCCGACGCCGCAGAAGAACAUCUCGUAUUGGCCGUCGACGAGAAAGUGGAAGAAGACUCCUCUGCUGUAUGCUCCGCAUCUAAGGAGGUGGAGGUAAGACAGGUCCUUGACCAAUCUCCUGCAGCAAUCGACAAGCAGGCCAAAGCAGGAACGGAUGAUGCCAUGGAGCCUUUGAUAAGAAUUAUUGGGCGGUGGGGAUCAGAAUACGAUGACACCGACAAUGACGAUAAUGAAGACGAAGAUGUGUGGUACGACGCUUCGGAAGUCUGCGUCGAAGACGAGUGUUUGUGA